AUGGCACCUCCCUACGUCCCCACCCCGGAACAAAUAGCCCUGGCCGAAAAACGAAGGGCGGAGAGGGCUGCGAAAAAGGCUGCUAUCGCUUCCGGCGCUGUUGCCGACCCCAACAAAGCAAAGGGGGAGGGGCAGGGGGAAGGGGAGGUGGCGUUAUUGAAGAGGGAUUGGGUCGCUGUUGGUCCUGGGCAGGUAGAGGGAGGGGCAGGGGGGCAGAAGGGGGUGAGGAUAUUGACUUGGAACCUCCUCGCCCAAACCCUCGUCCGUACAAAACUCUUCCCAGGAUCAGACUGCCUGAAAUGGGGCGACAGAAAAGCGCUCUUACUUGCCGAGAUGGCGCAUCAUGGGUCUUGUGAUAUUAUUUGUCUUCAAGAGUGCGACAAACUCUCCGAAAUAACCACUUCCCUCCCCAAGCACGCUUUCGUGAAAGGUACAGGCCCUCACAAAUCGCAUGGCUUGGUCAUACUCUAUAACAAGGAAAAGUUUUGGGCGGAGCGGAAGGAGCUUGUGCAUCUUGAUUUCGAGGACCUCCAUCCUCCUUCGCAGAAUGGGGGGGAGGGGAAGGGGGAGGAGAAGAAGGGGGAUGGGGAGGAGGAUUCGGGAGAGAUGAAGAGGAGGAAGGGCGGGUCGAGGAUGACGAAGAAUGUCGGUCUGAUCGUGGGGCUAAAGUACAAGGAUGAGAGUGGGAGGGGGAUUGUGGUCGCUACCACCCAUCUCUUCUGGCACCCAUUGUACGCCUACGAACGUACCCGCCAAGCUCUACUGUUGAUCCGUGCGAUCCGCCGAUUUCAAGGGGUACAUGGGUUGGAGGGGUGGCCUGUUGUUUUUGCGGGUGAUUUGAACACCCAACCAUCCGAAUCUACCUACUUCCUCCUGACGUCCCCACACUCGCCCCUCCCAGCGUCUUGUGCUGCGCAAGUGGAGAGUUCCAGGAUCGUCCAUGAUAACCUUAAGAAAAUGUCUUUCACCGCCCCCCGUACUGUACCCGUCACCACCCACGCCGACGCUUCCAUCCCCCCUGGAACAGGCUCCUUGCCCGCCUCCGGCACCCCCACCCCCGUCCCAACGAAGACGGACGAAGAAAAGGACGAGGAUAGGGAAGAUAAGAAAGACGACUCCACCGCCAACUCUCGUCCUCCCCUUGUUUCUGACGGGAUCCCGACGACAGAGGAGAUGGUGGGGCUGUUUAGGGACGUCUUCCCGGGGGGAGGGUGUGAGAGUGCGUAUGGGUCGACAGGGUGGAGGGUUGGGAGGGAUGUGGCAGGGUUUGGGGGGAGGGGAGGGUUUGGGGGAUCAAAAGAAGGGGAGGGAGAGGAAGGGGGAGGGGAUGAGCCGGGGUAUACGUGUUUUACGCCGCUGUUCAAGUUGACCCUCGAUUACCUCCUCCUCCUUCCCCCCCUAUCCCCAUCAUCUGACCCAAAAGCGAGAUUUUCAAAGGUGCUUUUACCGCCGAGAGCGGAGGAGCUUGGGGAGGGGUUGCCGAGGAAGGGGAUUUGCGCGAGUGAUCAUGUGGCGGUGGGGUGUGAGGUUGUUUGGUAA